AUGAGCAAGAGUGGUUUUGAUAAGAAUGUUGAUCCUACCGAAGCGCCUCGGUUAUCGGAGUAUAAUCUCAGUGUUGAUGCAUCAGGGAUUGUAUUGGCCAUCGAAAGGAUCAAAGACACCAGGUGGACCAGGCCUAUACAGACCGAUCCUUCUCAAAGGAAUCCAACCUUGAGAAUUACUUCUAAAUUGAAACUUUGUGGAGAUAAUAUCAGUGACUAUGAUAUGCUUGAAAAAACGUUUACAGCGUUUCAUGUCUCCAAUAUGGUCUUGCAACAGCAGUACCAAGAGAAAGGCUUCACAAAGUACUCUCAGUUGAUUUCUCUUCUACUUGUGGUUGAACGAAACAAUGAAUUGCUUAUGAGAAAUCACGAAAAUCGACCCACUAGGUCUACACCAUUUCCUAAAGAGGAUGAGGUGUAUUCCCAUUAUGCUAAUCGUGGGAAAGGUCGUGGUCAUAUUCGUGGUCGUGGUCGUGGCCAUAUCCAAGGAAGAAAAUUUCCUGGUGUUAAUCAUCCUCCACCGAAAAAUAACUUCCAAAAAUGGAAAGGGAAAGAUGAGAAGCGAAACGCAGAGGGUUCAGAAAUUAAAUGA